GUGGCUCCUGAGCGCCAGCGGCGGAGGGCUUGGGUGGGUGGGGAAGGAAGGGCGCCCGGAGCCUUGGAAGGCGGCGCCCAAACAACACCCGUCCGGAGGUGGGCGACUGAAGGCGGCGGCGGCAGCGGCGGCAGAACCGGGACGCAGCGCCUGGUCACCCUCCGGUGGGCGCGCCAGGAGGCAGGUGCGCGCGGGGAGUGGAAGGGUCGCGCCGCCAGGGGAGAAGCUUUCAGCGCCCAGAGCGGACCACACAGACUCGGCCACGCGGAGCGCGGCCUGGAGCAGCUGCAGGCCCCGCCCGCGCCUCUGGGCACCAAGGCCCCGCCCCAUCCCCGCCCUCUGGCCAAUCACACUGUGUCUCCUGGCCCCCAGCCCCGAAGUCCCGCCCCGAGCUGGCGAGUCGCCAGCCAAUGGGAGACCGAGGCCGGGCGCCCAGUGCGCGCUGCCCGCGCCGAGCCGGCUCAGAGCGAGAAAAGCGAACCCAACCCGUCGGGGCCGCCGCUCCGGACCUGCCGCCGCCGCCGCCGCCGCCGCCUCCUCCCCCCGGAUCGGGUGUACUGUCCCAACCCGAAAGUCCAGUUCUGCGGCCCGGCAGCGGCGAGCGAGCGCGAUGACACAGGAGUACGACAACAAACGUCCAGUGUUGGUUCUUCAGAAUGAAGCACUUUAUCCACAGCGUCGCUCCUAUACCAGUGAGGAUGAAGCCUGGAAAUCUUUCCUGGAAAACCCUCUCACUGCGGCAACCAAAGCGAUGAUGAGCAUCAAUGGAGAUGAAGACAGCGCCGCUGCUCUGGGCUUGCUCUAUGAUUACUACAAGGUGCCAAGGGAGAGAAGGUCAUCCACAGCAAAGCCAGAUGUCGAGCACCCAGAGCCAGAUCACAGUAAAAGGAGCAGCAUACCAAAUGUGACUGAGCAGCCCCUCAUUUCUGCUGGAGAGAACAGAGUGCAAGUACUGAAAAAUGUGCCAUUUAACAUUGUCCUUCCGCACAGCAACCAGCUGGGCAUUGAUAAGCGAGGCCACCUAACUGCACCUGAUACUACAGUCACUGUCUCCAUAGCAACGAUGCCUACCCACUCCAUCAAGACUGAAACAGAGGCCCAUGGCUUUGCUGUGGGGAUCCCCCCAACAGUGUAUCAUCCUGAGCCCACUGACCGUGUGGUAGUUUUCGACCGGAACCUUAAUACCGACCAGUUCAGCUCUGGUGCCCAACCCCCAAAUGCUCAAAGGCGCACUCCAGACUCUACCUUCUCAGAGACCUUCAAGGAAAGCGUUCAGGAGGUUUUCUUCCCCUCGGAUCUCAGUCUGCGGAUGCCUGGCAUGAAUUCAGAGGACUAUGUUUUUGACAGUGUUUCUGGAAACAACUUUGAGUAUACUCUGGAAGCUUCAAAAUCACUUCGACAGAAACCUGGAGACAGCACUAUGACAUACCUGAACAAAGGCCAGUUCUAUCCUGUCACAUUAAAGGAAGUGAGCAGCAACGAGGGGAUCCACCACCCAAUCAGCAAAGUGCGGAGUGUGAUCAUGGUGGUUUUCGCUGAAGACAAAAGCAGAGAAGAUCAGUUAAGGCACUGGAAAUACUGGCAUUCGCGGCAGCACACAGCAAAACAAAGAUGCAUUGACAUAGCUGACUAUAAAGAAAGCUUCAAUACCAUCAGUAACAUUGAGGAGAUUGCUUAUAAUGCCAUUUCUUUCACUUGGGACAUUAAUGAUGAAGCAAAGGUUUUCAUCUCUGUGAACUGCUUAAGCACAGACUUCUCUUCUCAGAAAGGCGUGAAGGGCUUGCCUCUUAAUAUUCAGAUUGACACCUAUAGCUAUAACAACCGCAGCAACAAGCCGGUGCACCGGGCAUACUGCCAAAUCAAAGUCUUCUGUGACAAGGGAGCUGAACGGAAAAUCAGGGAUGAAGAAAGAAAACAGAGCAAAAGAAAAGGCAAGUGUACUGACCCCAGCUCCCAGUUGAAUGCCUUUUCUGACGUGAAAGUGCCACUGCUUCCUUCUCACAAACGAAUGGAUAUCACAGUUUUCAAGCCCUUCAUUGAUCUCGACACUCAGCCCGUCCUUUUCAUUCCUGACGUGCACUUCGCCAACCUGCAGCGGGGCACUCACGUCCUUCCCAUCACCUCAGAAGAAUUGGAGGGUGAAGGGUCUAACUUGAAAAGGGGGCCAUACGGAUCCGAGGAUGACUUUGCAAUCCCCCCUCCUGGGAAACUGACCCGGAUAGAAGAGCCAAAGAGAGUGCUCCUCUAUGUUCGGAAGGAGUCAGAAGAAGUCUUUGAUGCCCUGAUGCUCAAGACUCCAUCCUUAAAAGGCUUGAUGGAAGCUAUCUCAGACAAAUAUGAUGUUCCCCUUGACAAGAUUGGGAAGAUAUUCAAGAAAUGUAAAAAAGGGAUUCUGGUGAACAUGGAUGACAAUAUCGUGAAGCAUUACUCCAACGAAGACACCUUCCAGCUGCAGAUCGAAGAAACUGGGGGCUCCUACAAACUCACCCUCACUGAGAUCUAAGUGCACACUGGUCCACGGCUGCUAGCCAGUGAAGUGAAGGUGUAAUGCAGCUUGGCAAGCGUUACUGUCAGUCAGCCACCUUCUAACCACGGGUGAUGUCAGUGGAAGGGACUCCUUUCAAGUUGGGAAUGGCACUGCAUCUGACUUAAAGAUAGCAUUUAACCUACUGCAUUCAUGUUUUUCAAAUGACAGAGAAAUCCAUAUACCAUUACUUAUGAAUUUUCUGAUAGAAACACUUCCGAUUUAAAGGUGAAAACUGUUCCUCUCUGGGACCCUAUAGGGUAUCUGCUACAUUAUUUAUAAAACUUGGGGAUCUCUCCCUUGUCUCUUCAUUGUUGGUGGGCCUGCUCACUGGUACAAGUCAGAAAAAGCAAUAGGCUUGGUUUGUAGGGACUAUGUGUGCCCUUGUCUGAACCCAGUAUAACUGACUGCCUCAGGUCAGCAAGAGUGGCAUCCGAAAAGAAAACGGUAGGCCCUCUCUCCCUUCACCUCUUACCCCCUGGGAAAUGUUUACUCAGAUAGGGCAUGUUACUGAUAUCUUAGUGUGUACCUUUCAUGAUCAACUGCCUUAUGAAGAAUUUACAUGGGUUACAGUCGAAUCGGUUAAGCUAAAACUGCAUUGUAUAUAAGUGCAAUACAUUUUUGAAGGCGUGUGUCUGUAAAUGUGUACAUACAUGUCUUAUAUAAAUAUAUAAUAUAUUAAUAUGGUAUCUGUGUACAUAUAGUGAAGAGAUGCAAUAAGGUCUGCCCUGUGUCAUCUAGGUCUUCUCUAGAUGAAAGGUUAAGUUAUUUUUGAUAACGUAUCACAAGCAGAUAGAAUACUAUGCUUAGGGGACCCCAUUAAAACACGUUGCCUGUGUUUUCUCAAGCACAGCGAUUAUUCCUUAGCAUAGCAAAACCUUCUCAAGUGGCAAGAGAUUCUGUUUGCUCUUGAGGAUGUUACCGUUUGGAUUUCUGCACUGUUCAGCAAAUGAAGUAACGGAUAAACACUACUGCAGUUCUUACCUGUUGUGUGUGCUAGUGUCAGUCAGAUAGACUUUAUUAAUUAGAAGGAACAAGCACGGUAAUGAUAGACAAGUACUGUGACUGUUACAUACCAAGUAAUGCGCCUCAUAGUGGAGUUCUUCCUAAUGUUCCUGUUACAAGAAAUGACUUCUGUUUUAUUAUGUUUCAGAGCCUUCAAGCCUGCAUGCUAAUAGUUCUAGUAAGCGUUCAUGAAUUUAUGAGACUUUCUUACCAUGGCAGGGGAAUAUUUUGUACACAUAUUUAAAUAUAUAAAGUACUGAAAAGUAAUUUUAUAACAAGUAAAAUCACGGGUACCUUUAGGUUCAGGGAGCUAGACUAGGUCAUUUGUCCACAUAGAUUUGAUAGUUGUCUUCUUAUGUUAAAACAUUCUAAUGAAAUAUGUGAAAUAAAUUGCUGGUUUUCUAAGAUGAGAUGUGGGACAUGGGUCAUAUACCAAUAUUUUCUAUUUUGUUUUAUGAAGUUGAUCUUGACUUGUUUAUAAUUGUAUCAUUGAAGAUGUGUUUUAAACCAAAGGGAUUAAAUUUUAUAUGUCUA